AUGCAGCGAUAUCUCUCUGGCGGCCUUUUCCUCGGUCUUGCCGCCGCUACAUCACAGGCGGACCCUUCGCCUUCCCCGAGCAGCGAUUUAAUAUGCCACACGAGCAACCCCGCAGAAUGCUACCCCCGAGUUUUCGAGCCGACGGAGGACUUUCAAAUUAUACAUGAUGACCAGGACAUCCCGCCUGGGCUGCAUGUCCGCAUGGAUAUCUACUCGGGCUUAAAACAAGCUAGGCUUAAUAUCCCAAUGGAGGGCGAGGAUGACAAUUCCGGUAUCCCAACAGAACAGGCUAUGGUUAUUGUCGACCAACCAGAGCAAGAUGUGGCGGAAGAGAAGGAGGAGCCCCUUUCUCUCCGAGAUAAAUCGGGCAAGAAGCCACCCGCAUACAAAGCUGCGGGCAAAAUAUUACCACCGAGAGAACCGGAUGGUGGUGUUACAGAUGCAGAGGAGUUCCAGAGAGCCGUGGCCGUCCUGGACAGUGACCAAGCCGACAACUAUACCAUGUCGGUCUCGGCUCUGACCACUCUCCUUGACCUAUCUCACGACAUCUACUACGGCGUGGAGCUCAUGAAGAACAGUGCGGUCAUUCGACAACUCACAUUCUGCCUCGACGGGGACUUAUCAGAUGCCUCCACUUCCGCAUCCCGCCGUCGCCUCGCAGCCGGUGUCAUUGCCAACUCCAUCCAGAAUAACCCAACUGCAUUGGAAGAGGCACAGAAGUCGUGGCGCUCCUACCUCCCAUAUCCGCAUAGCGCAGACUCUUCGAGCGCCCUCCAGGAAUACGCUGCGGACCAGGAGUUUCUCUCGAGGGUGCUACUUACGCUACGCUCGGAAACCGAUCCUAGUGCGGCAAAGGCCAAGGUAAACGCUCUCAGUGGGCUGGUCAAGAGCCCUGAGCUGCGCGAUGUGAUUCUUCAUCUUGAGGGACUGGAGACCCCUCUUGAGUUGUUUGCCAGAGCGGGUGAGGAGUGGGAUAUUGUGCGGAAGAAGGUCGCGGAGUUCGUGACGGAUAACUUCCUUGAUGAGGACAUGGGAGCCGAGAUUGGGAAGUGGCCGACGAAGCCACAGAAGAUGGAUUAUACGUGUGCGUUUAAGCCAGUAGAAGCGGCCGUGGCUGCGGGUACGGUUGGGGAUGAGUGCUGGGUGUACCAUGUGAUGAAUUAUGUGCUUGAGAAAGAGGAGGCAGGAGAAGACGACGGAUGGAGCAAGCCAUUCUUGCAGAUGUUGAGGGGGGAAACGGAGAAGCUGGGGAAGUUUGUACAUCAGGAAUUGUAA